CUACAUAACCCCGCGCUCAGCUCAGUCGAGUCUCAGCGACCAUCGCACGCGCAGUGUUAACAGUUCGAAACGAGGCGUCCGCGCGCCGACACCACAAUGAACGUAACCAUGGCCACUGACGUUAUAAUGACUUCCGAAGGCAUGGAUGGCGUAUUGCGAGCAAAAAUAAUAACCAUGGUGACGCUAUUCUUUGUAUCCAUGCUGUUUGGGUGCAUGCCGAUGCUUAUUUCACUAAAAUUCGACUGGUUUACGAAAAACACCGGUUCCGAUGUGCGGACUUCCAAUCAAUUUGUGAUGGGGCUGCUGGCGUUUGGGGGAGGUGUUCUAUUUGCCACCACUUUCAUGCAUUUACUGCCGGAGGUGGACUUAAACAUACAGCUGCUUCAAGAGGCCGGGGAUAUCGCAGACAUACCGCUGUACCUAGCCGCCCUCAUAAUGUGCGCCGGUUUCUUCAUGAUGUAUUUAAUCGAAGAACUAGUACACGUGUACAUCAACAGUAGAGAGAACAAGACUGCGAACACUAGCUUCACUAGAGUCCUUAGUAUUAGGAGGACAAGUGCGCCAAAUGCGCCGGAACCAUUGAAGGAGAUUAACGUACCGAAGAGUCAUGGACAUGGGCACAGUCACCAACCUCUGGUGUCUGGAGACGAUCCUGUGACGCAGACCCUGAGGGGGCUCUUGAUAGUGUUGGCGCUGUCGAUCCAUGAGCUCUUUGAAGGAUUGGCUGUCGGACUGGAAGCUUCUGCAGCUAAUGUGUGGUACAUGUUCGGCGCGGUCUCAGCUCACAAGUACAUCAUCGCCUUCUGCAUCGGCGUGGAGCUCAUAGCGGCUGGCACCAAGCGUUGGCUGUCUUUGGUCUACAUCUUCACGUUCUCCUUCGUGUCUGGACUGGGUAUCGGCGUUGGGAUCCUGCUGGUCGGCGGUGCUGGCGCGGCUGAGGCCGGACUCUACUCCGUUAUACUGCAGGGCUUGGCAUGCGGCACUCUAAUGUACGUGGUGUUCUUCGAAGUGUGGCGACAGGACCGCUCCGGAAUACUCCAGUUUGUCUGCUCCGUGUUGGGCUUCGUGGUCAUGGUGUCGCUGGAGCUGGUCGUGGAACUCUUCGUUGUUCCAGAUUAGCAGAAGAAUCGAAAUACCUACCUAUAACCUACCACGAAAUAUUUGUGUUUGAUCGCAACCCCAGUUCAUCCCAAAUAUAAAUCAGUAACAUUAUGUAG